AACGCACAACGGCCCAAGGCGUCGGUGAACGAAGAUGCAAUGUACUAUAGCAGCAUCAGUACCAGCAGAGUGGUGAAAAUAGACCGAAACAAGGGGACGUUGCAAAAGUGCCGAUUGUAGUUCUGGUGACUGUGCGACUAGUGAGCCGGAGCGCCAGGAUGGGGGAACAUAAGGAAUCUCUUCGUAAGAUAACGACCACGCUGACGUUAAAGAAUGAGGAGAUUACGAACUUCAUCUGCAGCCUCAAACAGAGUCUGGAGAACUUGGAGGCCAACUCAGACCGUGUCCAUGGAGACCUGGAGUCUGAGUUCACCUCCCUCAACGCCGUCUUGGACCAGCUGAAGGACGGGAUGCUGACCCGCAUCAAACAGGAGCGCGCCAGCCGCACCUACGAGCUGCAGAGUCAGCUGAGUGCCUGCUCUAAGGCCCUAGAGAGCUCGGAGGAGCUGCUGGAUCUAGCCAAUCAGACGCUGUGUUCCUCCCAGACGGAGGGCUUCAUGCAGGCGGCCAAAGACAUUAAGGAUAGCGUCACAAUGGCCCCCGCCUUCCGCCUUUCCCUGAAGGCUAAGGCCAGUGACAACAUGAGCCACAUGAUGGUUGACUUCAGCCAGGAGCGGGAGAUGCUGCGUGGAAUCUCCUUCCUGCCAGUGCCCGCCACCCCGGAGAUCCAGGUGUCGGAGUGCCAGGUGUGCGACAACACGGUGAGCGUCUUGUGGACGCUGCAGGAGCCAGACAGCAAGAUCGACCACUACACGCUGGAGCACCGGCGCACCAACCACGACGGGCCCCCCCGGCUGCGGGAGGAGUUCCCCUGGAUGGUGGUGGAGGGCAUCCGCCCGAUGGAGCACACGCUCACAGGGUUACGCUUCGACACGCGCUUCAUGACGUUCAGAGUGAAGGCGUGCAACAAGGCCGUGGCCGGGGAGUUCUCUGAACCCGUCACGCUGGAGACGCACGCCUUCCUGUUCAAACUGGACGCGGCGUCGGCCCACCAGAACCUGAAGGUGGAGGAGCUCAGCGUGGAGUGGGACAGCGUCGGGGGGAAGGUCCAGGAGAUCCGCAAGGACAAGAACCGCACCAACCAGUCGCCCAUGCACUCCCCGGCCAGGGUGUCCAUGAUGUCCCCCAAGAGGGUGCCCACCGUGAGGCCAGGUCGGGACCGCUUCACGGCCGAGUCCUACACGGUGUUGGCGGACACGGCGAUCGACGCCGGCCAGCAGUACUGGGAGGUGCGCUUCGACAAGGAGAGCAAGGCCUUCGCGGUGGGCGUGGCCCUGCGCAGCCUUGGCCGCUUCGACCAGCUGGGGAAGAGCGGAGCGUCCUGGUGCAUCCACCUCAACAACUGGCUGCAGCAGAGCCUCACGGCCAAGCACAACAACAAGGCUCGCACCCUGGACUGCGCCAUCCCUGACCGCAUAGGGGUGUACUGCAACUACGAGGAGGGGAUCCUGUCCUUCUACAACGCCAAACUCAAGCAGCUGAUGCACACCUUCAGGACCAAGUUCACACAGCCCAUCAUACCGGCCUUCAUGGUGUGGAACGGGACGUUCUCUGUGAAGACGGGACUGCAGGUGCCCAGCGUGGUGCAGAGCGGACAGAGGAAGAACAGCAACACCAGCAGCUCCAACGCCAGCCUCACCUAGGACGCCCCCACCCAUCACCACCCAUACACACAUCUUAUCAUCCAUCACCCACCCAUCCACCAUCCA